UUGAUUGAAUGCAUUUUUAUACCACCCUAACCCAAGGUCUCAGGGUGAAUGAGGGUGAUUCACCUAUAUGGGUGAAUGCUUUGUUAGUGACUGUGUUGUCUACUACCAAAUAUAGAUACAAGGGGAUGAGACACAAGGAAUGGAAAAGCACCAAGAUGGUAGCACAUUCACCUAUGCAAAGGUAAUAUCUGUUGGAGCUGAUGACCAUUACUGUCAGCUGUGUGCAUUCCUGCAAUAAAUUAAAGCAGCUGCUGAGUGUGGAGGAGUGAAGCCGUUGUUUAGCAGCAGCCAAAAUGCAUUAAAGUACAUGGGGGAUGGAAACAAGGGAAAUCAUGCAUCCUAGAAUCACCAGUCCAUAAAUCGUAGUCAAUGCCAAGUCCAAUCAGGGUCAUCGCCAGGAAAAGGGUCAAGUUGCUGGUUCUGUGGUCUAAGGGUUCCAGAGAAAGUCACACGUCGAUAUCCAGGCCAAGGUCGGGGGUCCAGGAUCAAACAGCAUGAGGGUUCUGGGAGCUGGAAACUGAAUCUGCACGCCAGAGUGAUCAGUUGAAACCAGCGCGAUGCAGAGGGAGUGGUCUGGCUUUAUAGUUCUUCAAGGUCCCACACCAGGUGAAGCCAAUUAAUGCCCCUGCCUGCCUUCGGGCUGCAAGUUCAGACACCACCCCUGUAAGACUUUGCAGCCAACUGGCUGCUUCUGCGUUGCCAAACACGCUGCUCCUUUCUGCAUUCUCUUCGGCGUUCCGCAUGGCUCACCAGUCUGCUUCUUGGUCCCAGCUCCUCCGCAUCUGAAAAAAGCAAUGGCUCCCCGGCAACCUCUUGCUGUUCUACAGCAGGUGAGUGCUCCGUCUGAGGGGCUUCUUCUUCAGCAUCCUGCAGGAGGGUCCCCUCAGGGGACUGUGAAUCAGACAAUUCUUCCUCGGAGUCCUCAGAGUCCGACCACUGCCUGACAAUUACUUUACCCUUGUCCAGUGCCAGCUUGUUGCCAUUUGCUCCCCUUGAAGCAAACAACAGUGAUCUGCUUUUGUGCCAUUCCUUGGGUGGGAGCCAGCACCCAAGGAAUGGGUGUGUGAUGCCGGUACACACAUGGCCUCCACGCAUGCGCAGAGACCAUGUGCAUGCGGGCAUUGUGCGAGGGCAGCUGGGGAGAGUGUCACUGGCACACAAAGAUAGCUGGGGGAGCGCCACCCAUACAGGAAGUGGUGGUGAAUGGCGAAGGAGCAGGUAUGCACCUCCUCUACUCCCUUUUAAAAGGUGCUAGGGCUGUGUUCCGAAUCAUGCUGCCAAUCGUGAUUCAUGCAUAUCCCUAACCUUCAUUCACUACCCCACUGCAUACUUGCUGCCUGAGGCCAUUGCCUUACAUGGCCCCUUGAUAGAGCAACUGCUGCCCUUGUCUCUCCACAGGCAACUAGAUAGCCCUUAGCAGUUGCAGAGGCCUGGAUGUUCCUCAUUCCUUGAGCAAUAAAGAUCACCAGUGAGAACAGCAUCAAUGAGUAGUAGGCAUCCAGCUGUUUCUUUGUGAAGCUGCCACCCCUUUGUCUGUUCCGGGUGCUUGUGCUGCACACAAGGGCAUGACAAAAAGCUAUGCAAGAGGUGCAGCUGUACCCGGCAUGGCAGUGCAGUGAUAGGAGAUCUGCUCUUCUUGUUCUUCUGUCUGUCACGAAGCUGUCAGAGCCACGGAGGUCCGCCCUGCAUGAAUGGAGUGGUUGACAACUUGAUGUCUCUUUGAUUUUGUCAGAAUACUGUCCAACACCUAUACUCUUCAAUAAAAUGUAUAAUUUAUUCUGGCUAAUUUGUUUAUUAUAAAAAUGUAUACAUUAUUCUGUGUCUGUGUUUUUAUGAUAACAUACCCUCCCUCUUUUACUCAGCUGUCUUCUGCUUGAGGCACAUACAUGAGCAUCUUGGGUCUCCACCAGACCCUACCAAGGUUGAAAAUCUGCAGCUUGGCCUCAGCCAUGCCACUGAAGCACCAGCAAGUGUGACUGGACUGGACGCCUCCUCAGUCCGAGCCACUGUACAUCCCAACUGGUCUGGAGACUGAGCCACUCUGCCCAGAACCUGGAGAGGGUGCUGUGGUCUACCUUGCAGAUGAAGCUGACAAGGAUUCCAGCUUUAUGUAUUCUCGAAUAGGGGGGAGCUUCCCUUCAAAGCAGGUGCUCCCUCAGUCCUGGGAAGAUUGGGACAAUACCUUGAUCUUUGAAGCACGAUUUGAAAGUGGGAAUCUGCAGAAGGUGGUCAAAAUCAGUGAUUUUGAAUACCAGCUGACACUACGCACAGAUCUCUACACAAAUAAGCACACCCAGUGGUAUUACUUCCAGGUCACUAACACCCAAGCAGGAAUGCCCUAUCGUUUUACUAUUGUCAACUUCACCAAACCGACAAGCUUGUACAAUCGUGGUAUGCGUCCAUUGCUGUAUUCAGAAGCAGAAGCCAAGGUCCACAAAGUGGGGUGGCAAAGGACAGGAGAUGAAAUCAAGUAUUACAAAAACAAUCUCAGCCAUGAUGGGCGCCAGUAUUUCUCUCUGACGUGGACAUUCCAGUUCCCACAUGACAGAGACACCUGCUACUUUGCUCAUUGCUAUCCUUACACCUACAGCAACCUACAAGGCUACUUAUCGGCUAUUGCUAGAGACCCAAGGCGGUCCAAGUUCUGCAAGAUCCGCAUCUUGUGCCAUUCCCUCGCUAGAAACAUAGUGUAUGUGUUAACCAUCACCAACCCCUCGCAAGAUUUAAAAGAGGAAAAACGCAAAGCUGCAGUGAUCUUGACUGCCAGGGUACAUCCAGGUGAAACUAACAGCUCCUGGAUAAUGAAAGGCUUUCUGGAUUACAUUCUGGGUGAUUCAAAUGAUGCCCAUUUGCUCCGGGACACUUUUGUUUUUAAGGUAGUGCCAAUGUUGAAUCCAGAUGGUGUGAUUGUGGGCAAUUACCGCUGCUCUUUAGCAGGCAGGGACUUGAAUCGUAAUUAUAGAUCAGAUCUCAAGGAAUCCUUCCCUUCUGUCUGGUACACUCGGACUAUGAUCAAAAGAGUGAUGGAAGAGCGUGAUGUUCUCUUGUAUUGUGACCUUCAUGGUCAUAGCAGGAAAGAGAAUGUCUUCAUGUAUGGCUGUGAAAAAAGGGACCAGCAAGAAGAAAGGGCAUACUUGUACCAGCGCAUUUUCCCUUUCAUUAUGAGUAAAAAUUGUCCAGAUAAAUUUUCAUUCCCAGACUGCAGUUUCAAGAUACAGAAAGGCAAAGAAGGAACAGGUCGAGUAGUCAUGUGGAAAAUGGGCAUCAGCAACAGCUAUACUUUGGAAGUUACUUUCUGUGGAGCUAGACUGGGCAAUAGUCAUGGUACCCACUUCAGCAGUAAGGAUCUGGAAUCCAUAGGAUACAAUUUUUGUGAAUCACUGCUGGCGUUACUUAAUGAAAAGAAGAAUAUGUAUAAUGAAUGCCUGAAGGAACUGGAAGAAAUGGGGAAACAGGAUGUCAAUGACACAGUAGACAGAGAUUCCAGUUCUGAUAGCUCAGACUCCAAUGAGCCUACAGUUAAACCAGAAACUCAGGUGAAACCAAGAAAGAAGUGUCUGAAAACAAAGAAGGAAAGGGUGGAGUCAUCAACAAGAAGACCUUCUAAACAUUCACAUGAACCACUGUGUGAAGCCAAAAAAUCAGAAGAACCUUCUCACAGAAUUUCGAAGAGCCAUGAACAAUUAAUAAAAAAUACCCAGAUUUUUCAGAAGUUAAAACUGGUGGAGCUACAAAAUAUAGAAAGGGGAAAAUAUGGAAUUACCAAGCAGGAUAUAGAUCCUCUCCCUAGAACCCCCCGUGUUAAAAAGGAAUGCUUUGCGCACUUCUGGGAGUGUGAUAAUGUGGAAAGCCAAGAGUUUGGGAAGCUGCCACACAGAAUAUAUAUCUCCGCCAACUCCUCCUCCCGCUCCAGUCUGAAAGGCAGCAGGAGUAGGUGUUCCGAGUCAAAAACCUUAGCAGGGUUUCAUGAACUCUUGAAGGAAUCUGCCUCCAUUGUAAAAGAUUCUGUGCCAGAUAAACCAGCUAAUUACACAGUCCAAUAUCUCAGUCAUUAUUUUCCUGAACAAGGAUUGAAUGUUGGCUGGAAUGACCUAACCCAACCUUUGAAGCACAUCAUUUCCCAGAGACUUUUCCUGCCUCCUGCCAUCCUUAAUCAGAUGUGCACAACACCAAGGAGGACUGGUGCACUUUCUGGCUGUCGGCUUCCCAGGGUAGAAGAAGUGAUGAAAGAAGCAAAGCUCCGGAGAAAAACCUCUCUCAUACGUGUGGAGAAACACCCUAGCUCUGUGCCCCUGUCCCAGGCAACUGGAGAAAAGCAUCCUGGAAGGUGUUGUGCUGCAUUGGACUUAGGAGAAAAAGAACCACAAAAUAUGGCCCUAGUCCAUGGAACACAUUUUUCUUCUCCAUUCUGCAAAGCUACAUCUUGGAGAUUAGAGAAAUAUCAAUCUGGAAGGGCUGCUAGUUGCAGAGAGAAGGCACCUUCACCUGUCAAAGGUCUCUUUGGCAAUUCAAGAAACAAUUCAGAUGGCAAAGAAAAGGAAAGUUCACUACCAAGAAAUGCUAGGCCUGGUAGAAACCGGGGAGGAAGUCAGGAAGGGAGUCUACCGUUGAGCAGAUCUUCACAUAUGCAAGAUUUUCUACAGCUCUCCUUGCCUUUAGUGUCCGAGACAAAGUACAGGCCAUCCACUGAAAAAUAUCCAAGGAGUGAGCCACAUCCCAAAUCCUUAGAUUGCAACCAACUACGCCUGGCUACAAUAUCUAAAACAAAAGGGACCGGCAAGACAGUUUUAAUGAAAAACUGUGAAGAUGGUGUAACAGCCAGUUCUAGCUCUCUACGAAACACCAGACAAAAAAUGCCAUCAAAAAGCAUACUAUGCCACAGUGAGAGCAAGUUCUUUUCAAAGAGACGUAAACGUGGGUGCCUGAAUCACGGACCAUCAGUACAAGACCUUUCAGCUACAACUGAGAGGAUUUCGUUCCAUGCUUAGAAACUGAUGCAGUGUCUGUUUGGAUAGCUGAUAAGCCAAAGCAUACUGCCACAAAGGCUGUAUCCAGAUGGAGAAUUAUUGGUGAUAUCUUCAGAGAUCACAGCUCUGGUUGUUUGGAUGUGGUGCUUGGAAAAUGCAGAGAAGUAUUUUCAGAGCAGAGCAAUUGUGCCAUGCAGAGACUUGGAACACAGGAUACAAAUAUGCAGAAAUAUCUUCCAUGGGAGAUUCUGUGACAGAUAAAAAACAAAACUAAAAUAUGAAAUGUUCUAUUUUAUGUUGUAUUGUUGGCAAAUUUCAUAGGGAAACCAUUUAAUCAUUUCAUUUCUGAAUUAAGGUAAUGUUUUGUCAAAAUGGGUAACUGGAAAAGGAGCAAAUGGGCUGAUGUUUUUCAGAACCGAAUCCCACUGGGCCUUCUGAGGCUUUCCUAAGAGAUUCUGAUCCAAUCUGAUGCUGAAUCUAAAGGGAGGCAGGAAAUAGUGUACGAUCCAAGGGGGUUCUCUGUGGGAAGUCUCUUCAGCCCAAAACAGAUGUGCAUCAGAGAGAGUCAAAACAAGAAGGCUGUUGGCCACAAUAGCCAGAAGCACAGUCUCAGCUAUAAGAGAAAAUAAACCUCUGACUACUAGAUGUUUGAUGACAAAGACCUUGUUGGUGCUUUGCAUUUUGGCAGCUCUGGAAUGUCAGGAAGAAGAUUUCAUGACUUUUAGUAAUUCAGAAAUCAAAGGUGACAUGGCAGUAGAACUAGCAAAGCCACAGCACUUCCUUUGACACAAUCUUAACAUGAGAUCAAUUGGAUUAAGGUUUUGGGAAGCAGAAACCAGACCAAGUGUAUUGUAUUUACCUGAAUCCAAAACUAGGCUUUUUCCAAGUUUUUUGAUAUUAGAAUUCAGGAGGUUGUCUUAAAUCCAGAGUCUUGUUCAUUUUGAGUAAAUGCAGGUAUACCCUGUAUUUAACCUCUGCUUUUAAAGGGGUGUAAUCUUAAAUUCAGAAUCAUCUUCUAAUUGGGUAAAUAUGGUACCUAUUUCCCCCUGGUCCUAUCCCCAUCUAUAGAUGAAUAACACUGUGAAGGUCUUCCCACUCAGAAGCCUCUUAUAAAUUUAGGACUGCACCCUUGUAGAUAUCGGUACUGGGUCACAAUCUGCUGGCCAAAUGUUUCCCCCCAUUUCACUGCUUGUUACUACCACCUUCAAAAGCAGAUAUGUACAUAGAAAUCUGCAUCCUUAUGUAGAUUGGGAUUUGUCUACAUUGGUGUUAACUUUCUAACUGAAACACUUUUUUUUUUUCAAAACAGCCAACAGACUGUGAGGAAUUGCACAAAAAUCUCACAGCAAUGAGGGUGUAGUGAAUAAAAUAAGUGCAGGCUGCUGAUUUUUUUUUUU